UAUCUUAUACUGUUUUGUUUGCGCCUUGAAAUCAUGCUCACCGUGCUAUAUCGCGUUCUAAUCGUCUAAACUUUGAUGCUAGCUAAUGCAUUUUUCAAACGUGUUUGUAAAAGCAUGGGUACGCAAUGCGGUGACUAUGAAGACGAAAGGGGUAAAUUCGUUUAGUUAGCCAGGUGGUUCGAGAACGGUCUGAUCAACAAGAACUUGACAUUGAACCUGCUUACACACAUGAUGCGCCCGCACCCGCACACAUUAACUGCAGGGUGGAAGGACGGACAUUAACUCAAAUGUAUGCAAAACACAUGCACAUGGAUAUGUAUCGUAGAAAAGGAAAGGAUUAGCUGCGCAUGGGCGUAUCUAUGGUGACGAUUGACUCUUGCUACCGACCUCUAGUCGUUUCCAACAAUCCAUUAUAUUACACCGUUAUCGCGCCGCGUCAUCGGGAAACCUCUGCCCGUGAAAGUACCGCUCCGGAAGCCUCGCGUGUCGGCCGUGUUUUUUCGUCGCUGUACCACGCGCGUUACCAUUUUAAUUUCGGUGAUUAAUCAAAAUCGUCGUGGGACUCACGGGACUAAACGUGGAACAGCACUGGACAAAGAUCCACGUUCGAGGAAUGUUUAUUGCAUUCUAUUUGUGGAUUCAUCAUUGAAACUGGCCUAUGCGGAAUUAAAAGAAAGUGCGUCGUUUCAUGUAACAAAUAAAACUACUAAUCAUCAUUGCAAAUAUUUUAUAUUCAACCAACUUGUUCUGGACAACGAUUCAUCAGUUCAGAGGAGUUCUAAAGAAGAAAAGUGUGAAGCCGUUGAGUGCUGAACUGGCCACAAGGAAGUAUUCGAAAAAUUGAACGAAAAAGUGUCUUAUGUGAGAAGGAAGUUGUUGAUUGUGACGUGGUUGUUUUCCCGAGGGGGACGUGAAUCGAAGAGGAAGUGACAUUUAAUUAAUUUGAAGCAUGUGAGUAAAUGGCCGUGACAGGAUCUUGGCAUCCUUCGAACGACCUACUAUGGGCAUCUGCCUGGACACUGAUCAACAAAAUGGAUCCCAGGUGUUCGAGGAAGCUGAUGCUCGAAGUGCGGGAAAAUGGCGAGGAGAGGCUGGCCUGCUGUCAACCCCUCCGGAUGGAUAUUUCCCGCAACAAAACGUUGGACCUGUUAAAUUUGAAGUUCCAAAAGUGCCAGUCAUAUUUGUCCUCGGCGGUCCCGGCAGUGGAAAGGUGACACAUUGCGACAGCCUAACGCAAGAGAAGAAAGGCAUAACGCAUAUAAAUAUGAUGGAUCUCCUACAACAAUACGCCUUAGGAAAUGAUAUGCAAGAUUUCGGGCAGCUUAGCAGUAAAACAGUAGCGGAGGUCCUUAUGCUCGAAAUCAAAAUGUCACCAGGCUCCAAAGUCUUUCUCGUCAGCGGAUAUCCGCGAAAUAUGCGCGACGUAGUCGAAUACGCCGAAAAAAUAAAAAUUGUGAACGGCGUGAUCCUCGUGUCAUGGAGACAAGAUAUCCUCGAGAGACAGAUCGACUUUGGAGCGCAACUCGGACAAGUAGUGAUCGAACUGGCGAGAAUGGAACUUUAUAAUUUUUAUAGAAACGUUAUGCCUGUGGCCGAGUAUUUCGACCAAAGUGGUAUUUUAUUAGAGAUAAACGGGGAAAGAAAUCCUAGCGAAGUAUACGUCGAUUUUCGCGAAGCUGUUUUUAAAAUCCUCGGUUUGUCAACUGGUGAGGUGCGAGAUAAAAAUGUUCCUCAACCGUUAGAAGCAGAAGUAGAAGUCGAAAGGAGAAAGGAAUCUAUUUCGGAGAUUAGGAAGUCGCCGUCUCUUAAGAAAGAAUCGGCGGCCCAAAUCGCACGAAUACCCUCUUCAAUCGACGUGAAAUCAUCGAAGACCGCGAAGAAGCCCAGAAAGGGUUUACCCGCGUUUAUCUGGGUCAUAGGUGGUCCAGGAAGCAACAAAGAAAACUUGUGUACCCAGGCUGUUCCCAAUAUGCCAGGCUGGGUUCACGUGAGCAUCGGCGGAGUGCUUCGAACAAUGGCAACGUCAAACACUAUUGUAAACGAUGCCAUUGUGUCGGGUGAGAUGGUCCCGCAGGACAUCGUGAUGCAAGUGGUAGAAGAGCAAAUUAUGGCGAAUCGCGACACGGAUGGCAUAAUAAUAGAUGGUUACCCUAGAGACUUAAAUCAAGUUCAGGAAUUUGAAAAUAAGUUCGGACAGCAUCCCCCGUUAGUACUAUUAGACUGCUCGAAACUACAACUUGGCAGAGGGAGGAUAGACGACACUGUCUCCGCGUUUAGGAAAAGACUGGAAAUCUUCCGUGAUGUCUCCUUGCCUAUGCUAAAAACCCUCGAUAGCGAAAAUCGUCUAACCAUCAUCGACGGCGAUACGGAUGUGCCGAGCGUACAACAGGAAUUCGCGGCAGCGCUUUAUCAAUUAAUGACAAAAACACAGCGCAAAGAAGAAAACGAUCAGCGUGCACCUGAUUCACCCACAUCGAGGGAAAACGAGAAUAACUUAAAUGUAAUAAUGCCUAAUAAUAGGAAUCAACCGACCACACCAAACGGUGUCUCUAAGCCGAUCAUCGACGACGAAUCAAAUACGGAGAAAGUAAUUAACGCUACGAACAAAAUGAACGGAAUAAGCAUACACGGGGCAGUGAAAAUUGCGAACGGGUUGAGAAAUAACGCGAGGCAAGUUCAGAAGAAUGGCGUCGCUCAUCGUAUGCAAAACGGCAUAGCCAAUGGUACCGCGCACAUGUUGCAAAAUGGUGUGGCGCACUUGGCCAAUGGAAUCGUACCGAGCAACAAAGUUGCACCGGCUGUACAAAAUUACUUGCCCGCGCAGGACGCGGUGAGGAAAAUGUACAACGAGGUCGAAGGUUAUCAACAAAAUUUACACAUGUAAUUUGUGCUCGUUAAAGUGGAAUACAAACUUGCAUACAAAAUUUUUAAUCACGGAUGAAAAUUGUUAUUUGUAAUUAUUUUGUUUAAGUUUCACAUGGUACUUCAUAACUUAACGAAAUUAUGAAAUUAAUAAUUAUAUAAAGUCAAGAUAAAAUACGUAGCUACUAAAAAUCCAUUUAAUAGAGAUGUUUUAAUAGUAGCUCUCGCAGGCCUAAUUUCGAAGCCGAGUUUUCUUUAGUAUUGAAAAAUGGUAACACAGUAUUGCAUUUUCAUUCCACUCUAACAUUAAAUCGUUACCUGAGUAAAAAUCUAAAAGAGAAAAUAUUUUUAAUAUCGCCUUAUCUUUUUAUAAAAGUAAUAGAUCAUAUUUAUAUAUUCACGAAAUCAAAUGGGAAGUGGAGAUUUCUCGCUGAUCCAAUAAUAUAGUGAAGAUAAUGUUAUAAAUGGUGCGUCUGAAAAGGAGUAUCUCGAGUUACCCUUUAAGUAAGAUGAUACAAAAAUAUUAGAGAAUCAUCGUAUCACUUUUCCUAAAGAAACCUUUUCCGGAGACCACCUAUUUGUAUAAAAGUAAUAAUAUAUCUGCAUCGUGCCUUGAGACGACUACGACUUAAAUAGGAUUAAACGAAAGAUUUAAAAGUAAAGCCAAAUGCAGAAUUAUAUCCGCAGAUAUGUUGUAGAAUAAAAAUUGGGUAUAAAGUGAAAGUUGGGUAAUCGAACGAGUAUCGAGAUUCCGAAUCUCAAAAAUGCAUAUAGCUGUAUUCAUUUUUUUAAUUAUGAUAGAAAAUAUAUACUUAUCAGUCUUUUUACCACUUUUUUCAUUUCUUAG